AGCGUCCCAUGAACGUACUAAGCUACAACAUAUCAGGAACCCUUAGCCUGGAACCGACCAUUCUUAUGCGAAGCUUACGCCUCUCGUCGUUUUCAGGUAAAUUAGAAUAGAUUUUCCCUUAGAACUGGAAGCGUCUUUUUCGUAGGCACGCGAUCGCUACCGUAGGUGACAUAUGAUGUAUGAAAGAAAAUUAAACGUUACAAAAGAGGUGCAAAUCAGGCUUUUCAGUCGCAUGUGAAGCUCAUGCAAUAGGCAAUUCACUGUUAUAAUUUACUUGUCUAUGAAAAAACGCCGUGACACGCGCACAUGGGAGUUUCUGGCCUCAGUCUAUGGCCCCCUAAGAUAUACUGUAGUUUCUUUGUAUGUUGUAUAUCCGUUUUAUUAUGAAUAUUAGCUUUUACUGUAUUUCUAACUAGUAUUCCUACAAAUUACCAAUAAAAUUUGCGCCCCUUCCUUUAUUUGAGCUUUAACGAUUAAACGUUUAAGUUACAAAUACCUUUUAGUGCAAAAAGUUCAUUUUGUUUCAGAGGGGAGGGAGGGGGUUGUUCUGGAGCUCCCCCCAAAGCGCAAAAAUUACAGUGCAUUUUCAUGUAUAUAACGCAGGGUUGUCACUAAGAUUUUAAGUUGCCUGGUAAAUACAACAAGUAGGCGGGGAAUCCGAAGUAGCUAGGGGUUUCUUUUGGUUCUAUUUAUAUUUUUCUUUGAAAGUAGCCGGGGGCCACUUUCAUAGAAGCAGGGGGAAAUCCUCGGUCCCCGCUUCUAAAUGACAGCCCUGAUAAUGCCAUUUAAAGUUCAAUAUUUUUGUAUUGCCACUAUUACAAUCAGCAAGGAAAAACAAAAACGGUAGGACUUCACACAUAGACGUAUAUUUCCUUUUUAACUGCCUAUUUCUACGGUUUGCAGCUGUUGAUAUGCUUCCUUAAUGCUCAGUGAUCUUGAAUUAAUAGGUCUUAAAUCAAACUUCUCAAUUUUUCGUAAAUGUCUUUUCCUCUGGUUUGCAGAGGAAAAAAUAUCAAAAUUUUUCAGUUAAUGUUCCAACUGACUGCUUACUGAGUUACAAUGUGGUGCGUGCUAAAAAUACGCUAAAAAUUUUGUAUCUUCUGAAAAACAUCUAGAAAACGUAAUGCACUUUUCGUUUCAUUAAAUAUCUUCUCGGCUCUGACAGUCGAUCGACCAAGCCUCUUCAGUUGUCCUUUUAUGCAUUUAAUAUAAAAAACUAAAAAAUGCUUUAAGCGAAAUUUGAGGCAGCAAUUAAAUUAUUUACAGCUCAACUGUUCAAUAAAAAUGGAAGCUCUUAAAUUGUUGUGGCGGCCAUAAAUUAGCCAAAGCAUCUCAUUGAAUAUAUAGUUUUUAAGCGGCGAAAGGGAAGCAUUUUAAGCAGCCAUAAUCAUAGCUUAAACCUGGACCCCAGUAUCACCUUUUGCGCCAUUUUGCUAUAUCUCCGGAUUAAGAAAAACAAAGCAAUCUGAAGGUAUGUUUUAAAUGAUGUACUAACUGGAUUGUUCGCGAUCGAAGGACAAACAAUAUUAUUCUGGCUUAACCAGAGAAAAUCCAAACAUUUAAAAUUAAGUUGAAAGUGUUUCGAACGGACUAAGAAAAUUGGGUCGUUUCAGCUAGGUUAGCUUUGAUGGGAACACUCUCCUUAGUGAUAUUUCAAGAUAGCUUUCUUGAUCGCAAACAGGAUUACCUAAUUAUAUAUUCUGCUCACUUGUUAUUUUCAAGCUGGCCUCAGCUCGUAGAAAGGCCAUGCCCUUUGUAAACACUACAAGAAGUAAUAGCUUGAUGAAUGUUUUGUUUCAGUAUUCAAAUAGCGUCUUUAAAUAUUGGGCAAAGAUAGCUCCUUCCUGGAUUCAAAAGUUCAAUUUUUUUCUAAGUUCGUGCUUUUAUAGAAUAAUCCCUCUCUGGUUGUCUUGGGAGAAUAUUUUAUUGAUUGAAGUACUACGUGAUGGAGUAACAAUUCUUCAAAAAUUGACAUGUCAGCCUAGGCUUUUAUAGCACUUACCAAUUUGCUCACGCGAUAUGGGCAACUUUACCGAAACUUUCAGUUCGGUCUGAAAAUCGAACGAUUUAAUGUUAUUAGUAUAAAAUGAUGGACUUUAAAACCGCUCGCAUAAAGUUAGCGCGUGAUCUGCAAACCGUGUAGAUCAAUAAAUAGUUGGCGCAUACGAGGUUAUCUUUUGACGUGGCGCGUUGUAAGGCUUUAAAAGACCACAAGAGACCUGAAAGCCGGACAUAUGCCCUUAAGACAAAUUAAUUCAUGAAACUAUUGUUUCGUGCUGGGCGAACUUUUUUUAUCUAUAAAAUUCAGCUCUUAAGUAAGUCAGGCAAUUUGUGUUCUUCUAAGUGGGACAUUUGAAUAAAGCAGGUGUUAUUUGUAAAAGUGAGGGAACGUCGUUUGAAACAAACUUCCGUUCUAGUUCUACUUUUAAAGGCGUUUGAUCAUUAUAGAUUUAAGAUGUCACCGUUUGCCUUGAGCAAACUUGAACUACAGGCACCCACAGCUCGAAACUCGAUCAUUGGCAUUGUGUAUGUUACGUAACCUUUUCUCACAUAGAUAUUACAGAGAAACAAGCAACAUACAAGGAAAGUGAGGUAAGCUAUUUAAGAAAUAAGUUUUCUUUCAUACCUUCAGCUAUUGGCAAGAACUGUUUUUCUUAUACAAAUCAUCAUACUUUGAAGUUUACACAACAGUGCUAGGGCUGAAAUUUCGAGCUUGGGUUACCUAUGCUUGAACGUACUUACCUUUAGCAAAAAAGGCACUAACUGGUUAAGCUACUUUAGCCAGGUUUUUAUUUGUCGAGAAAAUCACAGACGAUCGAAGAUUUAACUGAAUCUCCCCCACUGUCUGGCCAAGAUUUUGCUGACUAUCAAAAACUCGAAAUCACAUGUCCGAGUUCAGGAUAUGAUUAGUGAACUUCCACUUUUUUAAUGUCGGAAAUCGAUGGGCGAUCGUUUUUGCUCGGUCCGGGUCUUCCAACUCCUCACCUCUAGGCCUCAGUUUGAGUCUUUCCUCUUUUGAAUCAAAAUAGCACCUGCGCCAAUGUUGAAGAGACAGGAGCGUCACAACGAAGAACACUAACAACUUUAAUGUAAACGUAAUCGCUCGUACAACAAGACGGAUGCGAUAAUUACACACGCGAGGGAAAACCGGCGCGCGCAUAUAAUAUAAUACAAUGCCGCAGGCACUGCCUGUUGGCGCUGAGACAGACUCUGCAUAUAGGUUAAGUCAUGGAAGAUAGGGCAAUAAAGAAUUCGCCAACUGUUUGGGAUGUUUUUACGACCCAGGGUUUAUGAUCUGUGGCACAGAUUUUUCGUUGCUUUUUGUGGUCAACUGUCGUGAGGCUUUAAGUUUCGUGAGUGUAACUAAAUUCUUUCAUAAUGGUUUUCAUUUUAGCUGUCUUUUGACACAUUUUCCGCUGCUCCGUGAUUGGUUAGGCUACAAGUCCUUGUUAAAACCUCCCUUGAUGCGUUCAUUUUUUCUAUGAACUCAGUCAGGUUAUUCUUUGUCGCAUACCAGACAUGCAUCGGGAAAAAAAAAUGUAAAUUAGCCCGUGGCAGUUUCAAGAGCUUAUGGCGCUGACUUAAAACGGGCAACAAACACGCAACGUGCCUUGCAACAUUGCUGCAAAAUGAGUUGAAUAGCAAUGUUGCGCGUUUUGCCACCCACAUCAAACCUGCCUUGCAACAAAGUAGGUACCCUUUAAUUAAAUGAGCUGUGUCACGAAAUUUAGACAAAUUAAUUAAGAGAAUUAAGAGAAACAUAAAAAUAACUGCUUAAACCUUUAAAGGAAGGUAAAAAUAACAUAACAGAAACAACAGAUGCCACGGAUGGGGAAAACUGAAGAAGAUUGAAACGGAUUGAAUUAGGGUUUUUGAAAACUGUUCAGCCUAACAGUUUUUCAAAGUUGAUCCCUGCUGCUUGCAACUUCAAAAAUAAUGCUCAGGAGAAAUAUUCGUUUGUCUCUGAUCUCUGAUUUUGUCAUUUACAUGUAAUUUCUUUUCUUACUUUAAGUUCCAUAACGAUUGAGGGCGAGUAAUUGGCAAAAUUAAACAAAACGAACUGGACUGCCGUGACACAGCCCUUUUAAGAGGCUUGAAUGAGGGUGGUAAAACGCGCAACAUCCUUUUUCAACUCGCUUUGCAGUAAUGUUGCACGAACAAGUUGCACGUUUUCGUUAUGUUCCCUUAUGCAAACUUAAAACUUUUUUGGUUUUUCAACAGUUCAUUUAUUCACUCCAUUCCAGUUGAUCAGAAAAGAACUAUGUAAACCACGACUUUACGAAACUUAUUUUAGCCUCGCUGUAAUCAUCUGGCUUGGACGAAAGUUCAAAACCAUGCAAAGGAAACUUUAAUGAAGUGUAUUUCUUAUCUCAAAGCCACCGGCCAAGUUCCAGCUGAAGAAAAAAAUUCAAGUGAGACUGAAGCUUGAUCCUACUUCGACAACUCCUAAAUAUAAAAUAUGGAUGAAAAGUCGGCUGUCCACAUCACUGCAUACAUCUGCUCUAGCUUCUUAUUCGUUGCAAUCAUGGUGUUGAACAUUGUAACAAUAUUAGCGCUCCGAAGAACCUUUGUGUUACCAAGAAACUUCAAGACGCUGCUUCUAAGUCUUGCAGUGUCUGAUGCUGGUGUCGGUCUACUGGUGCAACCACUGUAUAUUGCUAUACAUGCAACGUUACACAUGAACAUACAGGUACCAAACGUGGCGAGAGCCUACUUGGUCAUUAUGAACACUCUUUGUGUUACUUCGUUUCUUGGUGUUGCAGCUCUAGCUGCUGACAGAUUCCUGGCAAUUCAUGUUCAUCUCAGGUACGAGGAGCUUGUGACUCAUAACCGCGUGGCCGUUGGAGUGAUAUCAAUGUGGGUCUUCAGUGCAUGUAUUUCGUUCCCUGUGCUGCGCGAAGCAAAGAUAACCUUCUUAAUAAUUACAUUUGUUGUGAUUGUUUGCUUUUUGGUUACAGGGGUAUUUUACCUGAAGAUAUAUUUAGCCGUAAAACGCCAGGCAAAUCAAAUUAUUACCCUAAAUAGACCUCGAGGAGAAGAGAAUGUAGAAGAGUUAGCUCUUAACGCGAGAAGGCAAAGAAAGGCUGCAACUAUGACAUUCGGUGUGUACCUUGUUCUUAUGGUUUGCUAUCUGCCAAGCCUAUAUAUCACGGCUGUAAAGGUAAUAUCACCUGCAAACCCUCCAUCCCAGAUUUUACUUCUUAUUAGUGACUUGUUUAUUUACGUGAAUGCAUGCCUCAAUCCUCUGAUUUAUUGCUGGAAGAUGAAACCCAUUCGACAGUCCGCUGUGAGCAUUAUACGAAGUACGUUUUCAUUUUAAACGGAUUUCAGCAACCAGAUGAUUCUCUUCCUUGAGAAAAACAAUGCCCUUUGCCCCAAAACAGUACAAAGACGAAGAAACCAAAAAUGUACAAACAAAGUUUCCUCCACACCCUCCAACAAUGUUGUGCCGCCGCUGUUAAACGAGCUACCUCUAACAUUGUGUAAGGAACAAAAAUACCUCAACUCUAAAUGGAGGU